AUGGAUCCUAAAGCAAUUAUUGAAGACACAGAAAGUCAAUUAAAAAAGUAUAUUCUUAGUCCACAUUUACCCAAAAUUCAUGAACCACAACCGCACUUUUUUCCACGUCAAACAAAGGCUUUUGAUAAGCUAUUUCACAUCCCACCUUCUGCACAGAAUACACAAAUUGUAGCUCAAAGAGAUCCACAAACUGGAAAAAUAGAAAGCUUUGUAGAAAUUGAGACUGACAAUGCUGGAUCAGAUUCUAAAAAUUCAUUUUCUAUGCAAAGAGCACCAAAUCGUGAAUCACAAGCAACAAGAGGUUCUGCAUCAAAUUUUCCAUUUUGGCCAGGCGGGUUUGAUGCUCCAAAAGAGGAUAUAAAGAAAUUAGAGAUUGAUAAUCGUGAUUUUGAAGAGAAUUUACUGUCUAUAGCUCCUGGAUUUACUGAUGGAAUCGAUUUUAGUCAGUUGAAGAAGAAGAAGGAAGAGAAAUUAGCAACAACAACAAGUAUUGAUCUAUUGUCGGUGAUUGAGAAUAGAGGAGACGAUAUAUUCAAGCUUGAUGAAGCUCCAAAAGUCAAAACUGAAGAUGUCAAGCAACAAGAUCCAGUAAUUUCAUUUGAUGACAUUAGAGUUGAAGAUUCAUUGCUGGAAAUAAGCAGAUCAACAGAAAGCAAAGUAAUUAAAUUAGAAGAUGCUCUAUCUCAACCGAAAUCAACAGAAUGGGCGGAGAUAAUUGACAUUUCACAGCCAGUAAAGAAUUUUUAUGAACGUGUUGCAGACAUGGCCCAUCAAUAUCCAUUUGAGCUUGAUAAUUUCCAAAAGCAAGCAAUUUUAAAGCUUGAAGAUCAUAAUCAUGUUUUUGUAGCUGCUCAUACAUCUGCUGGUAAAACAGUUGUGGCUGAAUACUGCAUUGCACUGUCCAAAAAGCACAUGACAAAGUCAAUUUAUACAUCGCCAAUUAAGGCUCUGUCAAAUCAAAAGUAUCGUGACUUUAAACAAACUUUUGGGGAUGUUGGACUUAUUACAGGUGAUAUCCAAAUCGAUCCAACAGCUAAUUGCCUUAUCAUGACAACAGAAAUUUUAAGAUCUAUGCUGUAUUGUGGAUCUGAUGUAACACGUGAUCUUGAAUAUGUUAUUUUCGAUGAAGUACAUUACAUUAACGAUGCUGAUCGUGGACAUGUAUGGGAAGAAGUUUUGAUUCUUUUACCUGAUCAUGUCUGCAUUGUAAUGUUGUCUGCGACAGUUCCAAAUUAUCUUGAAUUUGCCAAUUGGGUAGGAAGAACGAAGAGAAAGAAGGUGUAUGUUGUAUGUACACAUAAAAGGCCUGUGCCUUUACAGCAUUUCUUAUAUACUGGAAAUGGUGGAAAAUCUAGAGAUGAUAUUUUCCUUUUAGUCGAUGAGAAUGGCAAGUUCCUGGAAGAAGGAUAUGAAAAGGCUAAAUCUACGAAAGCAGCACGUCAAAAAGAUUUUAGAAAGAAUUUUGGUGCCAAAGUUUCAUCAUACUUAAAUCCAAAACAGGAACAGACAAUGUGGGUUGGAUUAAUUGAGCAUUUAAGGAAGAAUAAUAAACUUCCAGUUGUGGCAUUUACUUUGUCAAGAAAUCGAUGUGAUAGUAAUGCAGAGGCAUUAAGAUCCACAGAUUUGACAACAGCUCGCGAAAAAUAUAAAAUCUCAUCCUUCAUUAAAGCUUGCAUCCAGAAAUUAAAGGCAGAAGAUCGUGAAUUGCCACAAGUUAAAACUAUUCAAGAUUGUCUGGAAAGAGGAAUUGGUGUUCAUCAUUCUGGUAUUUUGCCAAUUCUUAAGGAAAUUGUUGAAAUGUGCUUUCAGAGUGGCUUAGUUAAGCUUCUAUUUGCCACAGAAACGUUUGCUAUAGGAGUGAAUUUUCCUGCAAGGACUACUAUCUUCGAUUCUAUAUCAAAAUUUGAUGGCAAGCAGUCGAGAGUCCUUGAAGCUGCUGAAUAUACACAAAUGGCUGGACGUGCAGGAAGGAGAGGAUUAGAUUCGACAGGUACAGUAAUCAUGUUAUGCAAAACGGACAUCCCCGAUGGCGCAAUUCUCAGACAAAUGAUUUUGGGAAAGCCAAUGAAAUUGGACUCAAAGUUUAAACUUACUUAUGCGAUGAUUUUGUCCUUACUUCGAGUUGAAAGAGUGUCAGUAGAAGAUAUGAUGCAGCACAGUUUCCGUGAAUUUGGAAAGCAAUUGAAAAUGCCUGAAAAUCAGGAACAAUUGAAUCUUGCUGAAAAGAAAUUAGCUGAAUUGACCGAAAUAAGUGAGCAUCUUGCGCCAAUUUGUAACUUUUAUACAGCAUGUCGCGAAUAUAUUAAGUUAAAAGAUGAAGUAAUGCCAAAAUUCGUUAUUCAGCCUAAAGUUUAUAAUGAAUUAAAAGUUGGUAGAAUUGUGUUAAUCAGUAUGGAUAUUCAUUAUAAUAAAUUGGGAAUAAUCCUCAAAGACAAGUCAACAGAUUCAUCAUUUAAAGUCUUGGUCCUUGAUGAGCUAAGUGGCAACGAUGAAAGUAAUCAAAAGAAGAAUGAAAUGUGGCACAGAAUGAUUGCAAUGUCUCAAAAGAAUCUCUACAUACCGUCAGGUGAAAUUGGUGGACAUACAAUAAUAACUAUCAAGCCACAAAAUAUCAUUGACAUAACAAAAUCAGCAAUAAAAUGUGAGCCUGACAAAAUCAUCCAAAACUGGGAACAACGUCAAAUUCCUAGAUUUAAAGACUCACCGCCAGGUCCAAGUGUUGUUAAGGCUGUAAAUGAAUUACAUGAUUUGACUAAGUCUGUCAUAGAGAAUCGCAUGCAACUAGAGUAUUUAGCAUUCACAAGUCAAACGAUUGAGUUACAUGAACAGCUCCAGAAAUUGAGUGACUUAAAAGAUAAAAUUGCUAUUUAUCAGCCCUAUACAGAUGUUCCAAAUUUCCAAGAUAAAUUCUCACAAGUAUUUGAUCGAAAGGUUUUAGAAGAACGGAAGGAAAGCUUAAUAUUCCAAUUGUCUAAUCAAAAUCUCUCGUUAUAUCCUGAUUACUGUAACAAGUUACUAGUCUUACAGGAACUAAAAUAUAUUGAUGAUCUUAAUCAAGUGGCUAUGAAAGGUAGAGUAGCUUGCGAAAUGGGACAAAAUGAACUAAUCAUUACUGAAUUAGUAUUGAGGAAUAUGCUGAUAAAUCUCGAUCCUGCUGAAAUUGCAGCCCUGUUGUCAGCUCUUGUUUUUCAAGCUAAAACUGAUGUUAAACCGAAUGUCACUGAAAAGUUAAAGAAACUUAUGCAAGACUUUGUGGAUGUAGAGAAUGAUAUACGCGAAGUUGAGACGAAAUAUAAUGUUGGAAAGGCUGAUGAAACUGUCGAGAAGGAUCGUUUAAAUUUUGGACUAGUUGAAGUCGUCUAUGAGUGGGCCAGGAAUAAGCCUUUUGCUGAGAUCAUGCAACUGACUGAUAUAAAGGAAGGAGUUAUUGUCCGAUGUAUUCAACAAUUACACGAAACUCUUAGAGAUGUGAAGGAUGCAGCACGAAUUAUUGGAGAUCCAGUGCUGCACUCGAAAAUGGAGGAAGCAUCAAAUUCUAUCAAACGAGAUAUAGUCUUCGCUGCAUCUUUAUACACUUCUAAUGAUGUCUUAACAUUAACAGCAUAA